AUGUACUGUAACAGGACAGCAGCAACAGAGUCUAUUUCAUUUCAGGCAAACGAAGUUCUUACCAAGUUAAGAGAAGAUGUAGGUGAAUCAAAGUUCUAUAGCAUCCUGUUUGACUCAACCACUGACAACACAGUCAUCGAACAGGAGGCAGUAAUCGUCCUUUACUUCGACCCUCCCCCAGCUGAGCAUCAGUCUAGUAAUGAAUUGGAGCCAAUGGUCAAAGUGAAGAUGGGUUUCUAUCGAUAGAGAAUUUGACAAGUUGGGAUGCCCAGGGAGUACUGGCUGGAAUCAAGAGAUCACUUGAAAACACGGGACUUCUACAUGAGGAGGGAUUCCCCCUGUUCCCAUUGGCCUUGGAGGGAAUGGGUGUAGUACAAACAGAGGGGCAAGCAGUGGUGUGCAAGAACCUUUUAAACAAGAAUUUCCUUGGUUCCUGUUUUCAUGGUGUGUGGCUCAUUGCUUAG